GUCCAGCUCUGGGGGUUGAAAUGUAUUUUGCUCUCAUGUUAAAACAAUCAGAAAAUAAAUACGUGAGAGAAGAAACCAAAAUCAGCGACAUUCACCGACACGAUGGAAAGUUUGUCACACAUGAGCUCAAAUCUCGAGGAAACUCUCGUGUCGUAUCACCAUCUGAAUGAAUCUGAAUGGAGUGUUGCAAAGAAAUCAAAGGACGUGACUGUAUGGAGGAAACCAUCAAAAGAGUUCAGCGGCUUCCUGUAUAAAACUGAAGGCAUCGUUGCAGAGAAUCCGCAGAAGAUAGUGGAGUAUAUCAGACCGGGUCCGUACAGAUUACACUGGGACAGUUUAAUGACUUCAAUGGAGAUUGUACAAACACUAGACAAGGGCUGUUGUGUUGUGAAAUACACCACUGCAGGGCAACUGUGGAACAUCAUUUCCCCGCGAGAGUUUGUGGAUUUCUCGUACACGACUGACUAUCAGAGCGGCCUGCUGUCAUGCGGUCAGUCACAUUCACUGUUAAAGAUGUUCUUAAAAUGA